ACGUGUCGGCCUGUCGGCUACUGCGUGAUAAUUUUUUGAAAAUCGUUUGUAAAUCGCGAAAAAUUAAAAAUGGGCCGUAAAAAAACAACGGCGGCCAAAAAACGUGUGCUGCGAAGUGCUACAAACAAUAACAUUGCAUUUGUGGUGGAAACUCUUCCGGAAUUGAAGGAACCAGCGAAACCAUCGGCGGAAAAAAUUGCCAAACUGGUAGACCCGAAAAUCGGCUUGGAUUCAUACUUGGAAGGAACUGGUACAGACACGGACGAAGACUAUUUGCCAGAGAUGCCAACCCCGAAAAAACCGCUUAUUCGGACGUACUGCCGCAGAAGAACAAUCGACGAUUUGAUGGCCGACUGGGACAUUGAAACGCAGAAUAUAUGUACCUAUAGUGAUGGAAAAGAGUUUGGAAGAAUUAGCUACUUCAGACAGCAGCGAGCGCCAUGGAUGCUCUUGUGGAAUGGCCGAGACCACCAUGAGCCAUCCGAUACGUCCGAAAACGCUAAGAAAAAGGAAAAGCAUAAACUGACGGCAGAAAAUGCUAAACUAGCAGCACAAAACGCCAAGUUACAAGAAGCACUUACGUCGAAGCUUCUGCCAGAGCCAGAAGUUCCUUUUAAAAACGUCACGGGUAAUUUCCUGGAUCCGGAUUUGCUGCGGCAGCUUUCAAUCGAAGCUGAAACGGAUUAUCUUUUUGUUAAAUUCGUUAUGCUACGAUUGUGGCCAGAUGGAUUCUUCGGGCGAUCUGUAACAGGUCGUCCAUCUAAUAAUCCUUCUGGUCGGUCAAAACCAACUAAAACAUCUCAAAACGGAACUGUAAACGAGGGAACAACUUGCGAUGCUGGCAGUUCCAUCGAAAAUACUGCAUGUCGCGGAGAGAAUAUGGAAAAUGCAACGCAGGCUCCCAAGCAACCUCUUGAGAAGGAAAAGGUGGAGUUUGUUUUUUCUUGCCUGUAUCAACGCCGCAUUUUUUUGCGAGAUGAUAGUUUGACCGCCCAAGUUCAUGCCAAAGCCGGCAAAUCGCUCAUGACACGAGUUAUUGCGAAUGCUUCGCGUAAACAUUAAUUUUUAUAUUCGUCUUCAUUACCGUUUGAGCCGAAACGUGUUCAAUAUUUUAAUUUGUUUUUAUUAUACGUAAUUAUAUUUGUUAAAUCUCUAUUACCGCAGUAUGCAGGUGCAGAAAUGAUAAAAUAGAGCUGUUACAUGAACAA